AUUGGUCCGCCCGCCGAGUCAAUUUCCCAUUUGACGUCAGGAGCGCUAUAAAACUCAGCAAUGCUUUUAAACUCUCCUGCUGGAUGAAACCUUUAAAAUAUUUUUCAUCUUCUUGCUGUAGCUUUUGGGUCGAGUUUUUUUUUCUCGCUCUUUUUUUUUUUUUUUAACUAUUAUUAUUAUUAUUAUUUUGGUUGCGAUAUCGACUUUGAUUUUUUUUGUCUUCGCUCUCUUUUCCCUCCUCCCUUCCCCGAUGAACCUCUCUUCUCGCUCUGCACUUUGCAUGAGAAAGCCCAGAGGAAAGGCACCAUGAAGUGUUAAAAAUAACAAAACAAACCAACAACAACAACAACAACAACAAAUUUACUCGCAACAACACCAGCUAACACUUCCAGCUGCAGUUUGCAAGCUGCAAAAGAGAGAGGAGAGAGAGAAGGGAGGGAGAGAGGAGAGAAAAAAAAAAAAAAAAAAAAAUCCUUUAUGCAAAAGGCGAAUAGCGAGAGCCCCUCGCUCUGAUGCAUCAGCGGCAGCGGAGACUCUGCAAAGGAUAACGCGGAGCGGGAGCGAGAGCAGCCGGGGCGAAUUGGAGCGGAGGCUGCGAGGGGCCGUGGCGAGAGGCAGAGGCAGGAGAGAGCGGAGCGGAGCUCGCCAAAAAUCAAGCUGGCUCACCCGGUGGCAACUCAGAGCAGUCCCCUCGCUCCCGGAGCGCACCCUUUCUGGAGGACUGUCAGCAGCAAAAGGAUGGCAUCAGAACUGGCAAUGAGCAGCUCCGACCUGCCCACCAGUCCCCUGGCCAUGGAAUAUGUUAAUGACUUCGAUCUGAUGAAGUUUGAAGUGAAAAAGGAGCCGGUGGAGACCGAUCGCAUUAUCAGCCAGUGCGGCCGCUUGAUCGCCGGGGGAUCGCUCUCUUCCACCCCGAUGAGCACGCCCUGCAGCUCGGUGCCCCCGUCCCCCAGCUUCUCGGCGCCCAGCCCCGGCUCCGGCACCGACCAGAAGACCCACCUGGAAGACUACUACUGGAUGACGGGCUACCCGCAGCAGCUCAACCCGGAGGCGCUGGGCUUCAGCCCCGAGGACGCGGUGGAGGCGCUGAUCAACAGCAGCCACCACCCGCUGCCCGGCGCCUUCGAUGGCUAUGCUAGAGGGCAGCAGCUGGCCGCGGCCGCCGGCGCCGGCGGCUCCGUGCCGGCCGAGGAGAUGGGCUCGGCGGCCGCCGUGGUGUCGGCGGUGAUCGCCGCGGCGGCGGCGCAGGGCGGCGCGCCCCACUACCACCACCACCACCACCACCCGCACCACGGCGGCGGCGGCGGCGGCGGCGGCGGCGGGCACCCCCACGCCGCGGCGCCGGGCAGCGCGCCGCCCUCCUCCGCCUCCUCGGCCGCCGGCUCCGGCGGCGGCGGCGGCGGCGGCGGCGGCGGCGCCGGGGGGCUGCACCACCCGCACCACGGCGGCGGCGGCGGCGGCGGCGGCGGCCUCCACUUCGACGACCGCUUCUCCGACGAGCAGCUGGUGACCAUGUCGGUGCGGGAGCUCAACCGGCAGCUGCGGGGCGUCAGCAAGGAAGAGGUGAUCCGGCUGAAGCAGAAGAGGAGGACCCUCAAAAACAGGGGCUAUGCCCAGUCCUGCCGCUUCAAGAGGGUCCAGCAGCGGCACGUCCUGGAGUCGGAGAAGAACCAGCUGCUGCAGCAAGUGGAGCACCUAAAGCAGGAGAUCUCCAGGCUGGUCCGGGAGAGGGACGCCUACAAGGAAAAAUACGAGAAGCUGGUCAGCAAUGGCUUCAGAGAAAACGGAUCCAGCAGCGACAACCCUUCCUCUCCAGAGUUUUUCAUGUACCCGAGAGAAUCAUCUACAACGGUGAUGUGAAAAUUCCUGUUACCUGAGGUCAAAAAAAAAAAAAAGUCUCCCAGAAGACCUGGAGUGGUGACGUCUGGAUGCAGAGGAGAUCACACUGCUUAUAAAUCUGCACCAUGAGGAGGCCAAAAGUUUCUUCAGCAGCAGGAGGUAAGCCAGGACUGCUGGUGGGUCUAAGGAAUGGAGAUCAAUGCCACACGCAUUUGAGAAGAUGAAGGCGGCGUUCUUGAGAAUGGAGACUUUGGGGCAGUAUCACGGUCCUGUACAGCAAGAUUGAAGAGAUCUUCAGGUGGGAACACACCAGCCAACCAGCUGCUUGUUUGGUUUAGACCAUGGACCUCUGGGGUCUACACACAAGAGACUGAAAACUCUUGACUUACCCUAAAUUUCCUCUUUGUGGACUUCUGAUGUGAUAGGAAUGGCACAAAAAAAAUCAAUAUAUCUGCUUUGCCGUAACUUUUUCAACCUGCUAACUUUCCCAGGACUAAUUUCUGCUCAAAUUACUAGAACUUAAUUAUAUAAGUCUUAAUUUCAGUUGCUUAGCCAGCUUUAAAAACAUAUAUUCAAAUUUGAACCACAAGGGCAGAAUUUUGGGAGCCUCUUUGUCCUCUCACUUUGUGUUAGUUUAAAUGAAGAAACUGUGCCUGUGAAUCUCUGCUUUAUUACACCUAUUCCAAGUCUCACUUCUGGAGAGACUUCCCAGACUCUCAGCAGUUUAAGGGGGAGCACAAACUACCCCUUAUAAUAUAGAUUAUGUUUUUGAAACUGUGCAAACAAUAGAUAUUUGUCUCCUGAUUAUUAAUUUUCUUGUAAAUAAAAUGUAUUGAGACCA